CACUCUCUUCAUUGCAGCGCUACAUAAUGAGCUCCAGUGCAGAACGCUGGAAAGUAACCAGCAGUCAAACCAAGCGUUCUGUCCUCCUGCGGCUUCCGUAGGUUACACUGAAACAAAAUGGCUGCCCCUGUUGACAACGAUUUAAUUGAAGGUGAUUUGCCCACAGCUGUCCAGCUGCUGAAUAGUCUCACAGAGCAGGUGGCCUCAGUUACGAGUCACGUCCGCGAGCUUCUAACGAAGGUCAAAGAUGGAGCGUUUAAGACAUCAAAGGGUUUGUCUUUCCUGGACCUUCGGUAUCACCUGCUGCUCUUCUACCUUCAGGAUCUUACUCACCUGAUCAGCAUCAAAACCGAAGGAGGCAAAAUAAAAGACAGUGAAGCCUUGAACAGAGUGGUCACAGUCAGAACGAUCCUGGAGAAGAUGCGACCACUAGAUCACAAACUGAAGUACCAGAUAGAUAAGCUGGUGCGCACAGCUGUCACUGGCAGUUUAGCUGAAAACGACCCGCUGCAGCUGCGUCCCAAUCCUGAGAAUCUCAUCAGCAAACUGAGUGAGUCUGAGGAGUCUGAAGGAGAAGCUGAGAAGAAAGCAGCUCCCUCUAGUGGCAAGAAAUAUGUCCCGCCAAAGAUCGCCGCAGUGCAUUAUGAUGGCGACCUGACAGAAGCGGACAGGAAGAAGGCUCAGGCCGAGCGCCAGCGGCGGGCUGCCCUCCGCAGCUCUGUGAUCCAGGAGCUGAGGCAGCAGUACAGCGACGCUCCAGAGGAGAUCAGAGACAGACGUGACUUCCAGAGCGAGCGGGAAGGCCGCGAGGAGCUGCACAGGAAAAAUUACGAGGAGUCGAUGAUGGUGCGUCUCAACGUGCCCAAACGUCAGAAGAAUGCCAAAAAGAGAGGCAUGAUGGCCAUGUCCGGCCAGCUGAGCGGCAUCACACACUUCAGUGACAUCACAGCGCUGACAGGCGGUGGCGGGCAGGAUGGGGAGUCUCGGCCCAAGAAAACAAAGAAACUCAUGAAGAAGAAAACCAAAAGAAGAGCUUUUAAGAAGCACAGAUAGACCUGAAACGUGAUGUCCACUGAUGGAAGACGACCAAAUGAAGAGGAUUUCUUCCAACAACAGUCACUGUUUCAAUUUGUACAUCAGUUUAGAGGAUUUUGAGUCACUUGGAAUAAAAUAAUUCCCCACGUCCUCUGCAGAGUGUAUGAACGUUUA